GGGGGCGGGGCCGCCUGCGAGCCGGGUGGCGGCGGCGCCAUGGCGGGGUCGGCGGGGGUGGCGUGAGUUUGGGAGGGAGAGAAGAGGGAGAAGGGAGGAAAAAGGCAGUGUGGGCGGCGGGAUACUGGUCAGUGCGUGAGCCAGGGGCACCCCGCGGAUCCCGCUCGGGCUCUGCCGGGCUCCCGGCUGCGGGGAGCCAGCGCGAAGCAAAUCUUGGCGUCCCCUGACAAAGGCGGGGAAAGGACAGUCGCGAUUCUCUCCCGGCCGUAGGGACUUAGCGCUUCCAGGCUGCUGUGCCUCCUCGUUUUCCCAGCCUCCGCUUUCCUGCGGUGGAGCUCGUGUCUCCUGGAGGGAUCAGCCGGUUCCUGCGGCUUUCCUGCCUCCUGUGACAUUUAGCUCGGGUGUAGAUGCAGCCGAGGCCUUCCCGGCAGAGGCAGGAUCGGAGCGGUCACCCCCCGCAGAUCUGCAGCGACUGCCACCUGCGUGUCUCUGCCUGCUGAUGGAAGCCAGGAAGAUUUUUCAUUUAUUUGCAAUGCCAUCUUCCUGAUUUCUGUGUCAUGACAAUCUUUCCCUCGAGCUGAUCCAUUUUUUAUGUGUGUGUGUGCGCCUGUGAUUUUGUUUUCCCACAUUUUUAUGAAAUGUUGCCUUUACCCUGUUUUUGGAAAUACUCUGUAAUCACCUUGAUUCUAAAUUCCUCCCCUUCACACCUUCUGUAUGCUUACUGAAUUCACAUCAAAAGAUUGCAUAUGUGUCAAAAAACCUUAUUUAACUCAACUUCAUCAAUUGGUUUCCUUUCUCUUCAUUACUCUAUCAAAAAAAGGAAAAAUUGUAUGUAAUUUUUCUCCCCAUGAAUUACCACUGACUGCUUUUUAGUCAUCUGAAUGAUGAUAUGUGAGGCUUGUAGAUUUUGUGGCUUGUGCUUUGCUGUGGUUUUUUUCCUGGUAUGGGAGGUGAGGGAGGAGGGCACUCAGUUCCCUGGAUCUCACAUCUUGCCUUUCAAACGUUAAUUUUAAAUAGUCCUUGUCCAGUCUUUUGGGACCUCCCUUACCAUCCAGGAACUAGCAAUGAUAACUGCCCAGAGAAGCUGUAGGAUCUUCAUCCUCGGAGUUUUUCAAAAUGCUCUGGAUAUAGCCUUUGGCCACAUGGAGGGUCCCAACAGCUGCCCCUGCUGUGAUUAGGAUGUUGGUCCCUUCCCUUAGUCACUGUACAUAGCUUCUCUGGGCACUCCUUAUUUUCUGCCUUCUUAGGCCAAUGUAGCAAUGGGAGAAAAGAAGAUUUGUGCUGCUCCAUGCCUGCUUAAAGUGAGCUGUGGGACUGAAAAAGGAAUGAUGUCGGAGCCACCUGUUCUGUGUGAAGGACAAGGAAUAGACCACUUGAUGAAGGGAAGAAACAAAACAUCCCAUUAAAUGGAAGCCAUGAAGAUAUCAAAGCGAUUCUUUGCCUUUGGGAUUUUGACGUGCAUAGCUGUUUAUGUUGCAUACAUAAAAUGGCACCUGGGCUCCAGACCAUUUGUGGGAGCUACAGAAGGAGUUGCUGAAAGCAGGGGAGAUAAACUGACCCAUCAGGCAGUGACAACAGCUCUCUCUGUCUUUUAUGGAAUUAUGUUUGAUGCAGGAAGCACGGGAACUCGCAUCCACAUAUUUAAAUUUGCACAGCAGCCAAGAGAGACUCCCAGAUUAACCCAUGAGACGUUUAAAGCACUGAAACCAGGUCUGUCAGCAUAUGCUGAUGAUGUCGAAAAGAGUGGCCAGGGAAUAAAAGAGCUCCUGGAGGUGGCAAAGAAGGAAGUUCCUAUGGAGCUGUGGAAGUUUACUCCUCUGGUCCUGAAAGCCACAGCUGGCCUACGGUUGCUGCCAGGAGAGAAAGCUCAGAAGUUGCUGGAAAAGGUGAAGGAGAUUUUUCAGGCCUCCCCUUUCUUUGUGAGGGACAAUUGUGUGUCGAUAAUGAAUGGAACUGAUGAAGGUAUUUCAGCCUGGAUCACAAUAAAUUUUUUAACAGGCAGGCUUGAUGACCCACAGAAGAGAAGUGUAGGGAUGCUGGAUUUGGGUGGUGGAUCAACACAGAUCACCUUCCUUCCGCGCUCCAAGGCAACUCUCCAGACAUCACCAUCUGGCCACACAACUUCGUUUCAGAUGUUUAACCACACCUACAAGCUGUAUUCAUACAGUUACCUGGGACUUGGGCUGAUGUCAGCAAGGCUUGCCAUUUUGGGAGGAGUUGAGGGAAAACCCUUAGGAGAAGGGGAGGAAUUGAUCAGCCCCUGUUUACCAUCUGGCUUCAAAUCCGAAUGGCAACACGCUGAGAUAGUGUACAAAAUUAAAGGACAGAAGGCAGGUGAGCCUCUGUAUGAGUCUUGUUCUAAUAAAGUGGCAAAGAUGCUCUACAAAAAAGUGCAUAGAGCUAGUGAAGUGAAGAACCUGGACUUUUACAUUUUCUCCUACUACUAUGACUGUGCAGCAGAGGCUGGUCUCAUAGAUAAAGAAAAAGGAGGAAGCUUAACUGUCAGUGACUUUGAAAUUGCAGCUAAAUAUGUUUGUAAGACCAUGGAAAUCAGCCCUGGAAACAGCCCUUUUCUCUGCAUGGACCUCACAUACAUCACCUUCCUGCUGCAGGAACUGGGAUUCCCAAAGAGCCAAGGCUUUAAGCUUGCCCGGAAAAUUGACAAUGUUGAAACAAGCUGGGCAUUGGGAGCCACUUUCCAUUACAUCGACUCACUCAAUAGACUGCAGUACUAAUGCUCCUAGAAGGUGACUUUUUGGAAUUUCCAUUUCUUGGAAGCACAGCAUGAGAGACCCUAUUGAAGGGUGUGCUUUUGGCUUCCAGAGUCCUUGGGAAGAUCACCAUCAACUACACUCCUUUCACCCCCUGCCAAGUCCCUACCAUCACUAGCUCUUUUUUACAGUGCAGAGUGUAAAGGAAGCGCCUUGAUUUGGCAGCAUGUGCCAUCAGCUUAAUGUAAAACUUGAUAAUUUUGGAAGGAAAACUAGGACUCUGCAGGACAUCUAUGAUCUCUAUGAGAAAAACACACCUUUUUUGGAAUAUGCCCGUAUUAUGUGCUUGCAUUGUGCUGAAGUUGCUGAACGGUCGCUCCAGAAGGAACUCUUUACUGUUCUGAUUUCAGGGUGUUUUUUUUUCUGUUUGUCAGCAGUUUUCAGUUUUGAUUUUACUACUCCUGUGUUCAAAAGUAAACGUGUGUGUGCAAAAAUGGUGCAUUUACACAUUAUGCUGCUGAUAGGCAGCAGCUUUGAAAUGUAGCAUGGAAGUCACAGCUCUGUGUUCUGGUUGCUGAAGGAGAAAAGCUCGGGAAGACUCCAGAAGUGGAUAUAGGAUUGGAGGCAUGAGUUGGAGCCUGUGUGCCCUUUAGGGUUGAAGCCUGAUGUUGAUUCCCUGGCUGUUGGAAGACAUCAUCAGAUUUGCUGGAUGAGCAAGGCCUGGGAGCUGGGUACAAGGAUAACGAUGAAUUUGACAGUUCUAGAGCUGAUCAGAUAAACGAACAAGAUGCAGCCAAAAAAAUAAACCCCAAGCAUGGCUCGCU